GGCUCGUCGCGGUGCUCAUUAAUACGUUCGUUCAUAUGUGCCUUUACUGCGUGGUCGGUGAAAUUCUCAUUGCAAAAUGUGAAGAUAUACAUCAUGCGGUGUACGACUACGCGUGGUAUUUGCUGAAACCGAAUGAUGCCAGAAAUCUGAUGUUGAUAAUGAUUCGUGCUGACAGACCUCUUUACAUCACCGCGGGAAAAAUAUUUCCAAUGACGCUAUCCAUGUUUUGUAGCCUGAUCAAAACGUCAGCCGGAUAUAUAUCGGUAUUGCUCGCCAAUCGAUGAUUUUCAGACAUUGGACAAAUUGACCAGGACAAUUUUCAAUGGAAUCUGAUUUUUCGCAAUGCAAUAAAAAAUACUAUGUAUUUUAUAUUGAAUAAUGUUUAAUCGAUGCGCCAAACGAAUUCGUUUUUCCAUGUGAACAAAGUGAAAUCGUUAAUUUGGAGAGAAACUCAUAUGUAUAUUACAA